AUUCAACGUUAGCUUAUCACUAACUCACUCUAUUCAAAGUGGAAUUUAAUUUCGAUAUUCCGUGUUCUAGGACGCCUAGAUCAAUUUGAGAGUGUCGUAUAUUAACCCUUUUUCCACGGGAUUUUGGAUCGGAUUUAGAUUUUGGAUGGGAUUCCCAUUUUGGUGAUCAACUGUUAGAAAAGGACAUACGCUGAACAGAGUUAUCAGUACAUUGGACAGUCUCGAUAGGAGGCAGCAGUUAUGGAAUACGGCAAAGCAGCUACGGCUACGUGAAAGGUCAUCAAGAGGCAAGAUGGGUGAGACGUAUCUGCAUGUGACCUCGCCUGAGGUCUACAGCAAGCGAUUUUCGGAGUACGUGAAACAGUUCCACUCGGAAGACUCUGAUGACGUUACUAAAGAUGAUAAACGCCAGAAGGUCAAGAACGAGGAGGCGAAACGCGACGCCAGGGGAAAACGCUUUAUUCAUUCCAAACGGAUGAGUGAAUCGAACAUGUUACCUCCGAUCAACGUAAAGACGGAUGUGAGCUCUCCGACCUUCACUAACGGCAUGUGGUCGUUCCGUGGAUCCAACAGAGCUACCCAAGGAUCCCUUAUGCGUAGUGUUGCAAUAACAAACGGAUCUCAACUCAAAGAAUCUCAUGCGUCUCCGGCUCGACGUCAUGCUGGCAACAAAUUGUCCAAAACCGUUCCGAUGACUACUAGCUUAGACGUAAAUAAAUCUCCAGACUCCUUACGGCUUACUCCGAUAUUCAAAACGGAGAAAAGAGCCAAAACGGACAAGAAAAACGUUUCCAAAUCAAGUGAAAAUACUCCUCGACUGGUACCUAACGAUUCUCAAAAGCACAAAAGCAAGGGCCAGAAAAAUUCAAAACACAAGAAUUUGGAAGAACCGUUUUCUAUCCGCCGCAAGAUCGAGCAGUUUAAGAGAUAUCACGAAGAACAAUACUUGAUCAAACUGCAAAAACUGAAGCAGGACUCGGAAAUUAAAAUCGAACUGUCCAAACGGAGGCCAUCUCCUGUGAAGGAGCACGUCGCAAAGGAACGAGAGGUACCUCGAAUCCGGAGCUUGGACAAGAUCUCGUCCAGAACGGAUCAAGACACAACGACGUCAGCAGAUGAUGCAGAUUCUGGAAACGAGUCGGCGUUUAAUUUGUCCACGAUCAUCAAGUCGACGGCUAGUCGGCAAAAAUCGGCGAAAACGUGGAGGACAUGGCGAGACGUGAACGACUCUUAUGCGUACACUGAUGUCAACAAGUAUAUUGUGGACAACGAGUUGAUGACUGCCGAAAAAGCGGAGUGGAUCCGAGAUUGGACUGUGAAUGUGAACAAGGAACUGUUUCAGAAUAAUGGAACUCAAAGGGAGUGAAGCUCCUUAGGGUCGGCAACAGACGUUUUCGUUGGGACAAGAUUUGGGGAGUUUCUUGUGCAAGAGGUUUGAGCCAAGGACUAGCUGGUAGACACGGUCCUAAAGAACCUCAGUUGAAAUCCAUAGGAAAAAGGAUGUCUAAAAAUAAUUCUAUAAAAUCCAGAUACCAAUGGGGAUCACCUAAAAAGGGUCAAGGGAAAAAGCUAGACGGAAGAUUAGCAUCUAGCUGUUUGUUAAUUUAUUUCAUAUGUAUUUAUAGUAUAUAAAUCUAUAUAC